UCUGCGAUCUGGUCUCUUGUCAACUGCCCCCCAUACCUCACUGCAAAGAUGGUCUCCAACUGAUCCAGACAAAUCCUGGAGGAUGUCGGCCUGAUUACGCUUGCGUCUGCAAAAAGGAAGAAUGCGAGCCAAAGCCCACCCCGAUCUGCCCACCGCACCGUAAACUGAUUUGGGUGAAGACUCAGUGCUGUGACGAAUAUCGGUGUGUUUGUAGCUGUAACAAUUCCACAGUGACCUGCCCACCAGGUUAUCUCUCGUCGUCUGUCACCAAUGAUUGUGAUUGUACAUCUACUACAUGCAUUCCUGAUCAGGUGUGCGUCCACCGCAACAUUGUCUACCCUCUUGGCAUGACCUGGGAGGAAGGCUGUAAGGAAUGUUCUUGCACCAACAUGAAAGAUGCAGUCACAGGACUCCGGAUUACAGAAUGCCUGGAGAAAGGAUGUAGUAUGUCCUGCCCAGCG